UUUAGAUGGGAAAAAAACUCACCAGUAUAAGAAAUGAUAUCGAGUAGAGCCGUUAGAGUGAACCUAACUGACUGGUGACACAUUGUGCACAGAAGAGGCGAGGUGGGUGGGAUCAAACACACACACACACACACACACACAGACCGCUAGCUCCUGGGCUAGGCUAUCGAGCAAAGAGGGGGUGAAGAGCACAGUCAAUAGGCCGCUCCGCUGUUUCUCUGGAGGGGGGAUGUGAUCCAGGAGGACGGUGGUGUUUCCUUGCCUCGGUGAAAUGGGACAGCAGGUAGGGCGAGUGGGAGAGGGGGCCUCGGCGGCGCUCCAGAGCCCACCGCACGGACACUCGCAGCAACCGCAGCCGCACCAGAGCAAAGCGAGCCGGGGGAGCAGCUCCGGGAGGAGACCGCGGGAAGCGAGCAACACCGGGACACCAGCGUGCAGGCUCGCCGUUACCGCCAACGCGUCCGACCCCGGGAUUAACAUAUUCACUCAGCAUUCAGAAGCCCUGCACAGGCCUUUUGGAUUGGACUCGUCUGCUCUGACCGAAGCUGUGCGUUGGAGCUCAAAGGAGAACCUGCUGGGAGCCGCCGAGAGUGACCCCAACCUGUUUGUCGCACUUUACGACUUUGUGGCCAGUGGUGACAACACACUGAGCAUCACGAAAGGAGAGAAGCUCAGGGUGCUGGGCUACAACCAGAAUGGCGAGUGGAGUGAGGUCCGCUCUAAGAACGGUCAGGGCUGGGUUCCCAGUAACUACAUCACGCCGGUGAACAGCCUGGAAAAGCACAGCUGGUAUCAUGGACCCGUGUCUCGCAGUGCGGCCGAGUAUCUACUCAGCAGCCUGAUCAACGGCAGCUUCCUCGUGAGAGAGAGCGAGAGCAGCCCGGGCCAGCUCUCCAUCUCGCUGCGCUACGAGGGCCGAGUCUACCACUACCGCAUCAAUACUGCCUCCGAUGGCAAGGUCUACGUAACUUCUGAAAGCAGGUUCAGCACAUUAGCCGAGUUGGUCCACCAUCAUUCCACUGUAGCGGACGGUUUGGUGACGACGCUGCACUAUCCGGCCCCAAAAUGCAACAAGCCCACUGUCUACGGAGUCUCACCCAUCCAUGACAAGUGGGAGAUGGAGCGUACCGAUAUCACCAUGAAGCACAAGCUAGGAGGAGGCCAGUAUGGCGAGGUCUAUGUGGGGGUCUGGAAGAAAUACAACCUCACUGUUGCUGUCAAAACACUCAAGGAAGACACUAUGGAAGUGGAGGAAUUUCUGAAAGAGGCCGCUGUCAUGAAAGAGGUGAAACACCCCAAUCUGGUGCAGCUGCUUGGUGUGUGCACACUGGAGCCUCCGUUUUACAUAGUGACGGAGUACAUGCCUCACGGCAACCUGCUGGACUACCUACGCGAGUGUGACCGCGAGGAGGUGAACGCUGUCGUGCUGCUCUAUAUGGCUACUCAGAUCUCCUCCGCCAUGGAAUACCUGGAAAAGAAGAACUUUAUUCACAGGGACCUGGCUGCAAGAAACUGUCUAGUAGGGGAGAACCAUGUGGUGAAGGUGGCUGAUUUUGGCUUGAGUCGGCUGAUGACAGGAGACACGUACACGGCCCACGCCGGCGCCAAGUUCCCCAUCAAGUGGACCGCACCUGAGAGCCUGGCCUACAACACCUUUUCCAUCAAAUCAGACGUCUGGGCAUUCGGAGUACUUCUGUGGGAGAUCGCGACGUACGGUAUGUCUCCGUACCCCGGUAUUGACCUGUCUCAGGUUUAUGACCUGCUGGAGAAGGGCUACCGCAUGGAGCAGCCAGAAGGCUGUCCACCCAAAGUCUAUGAACUCAUGAGAGCAUGUUGGCAGUGGAGUCCACUGGAUAGACCCUCAUUUGCAGAGACCCAUCAGGCCUUUGAGACAAUGUUCCAUGACUCCAGCAUAUCGGAAGAAGUGGCAGAGGAACUGUGCAAGACUGCCUCUUGUGGUAAGGGUGGGGUAGUGCAUCCAUUCAGUCACGAUCAGCCCCUCGUGCCCUCGAAGUCACGGCAACCGAAGAAGCACUCGGACAAUAAGGAGAACACGGAGGGUCUGGAGAGUCGGCACGAGCCUGGAGCUCACGGUCCUUCAGGUACACCAGCUGAUGUCCACUUCACACUCACUCUGCUGGCAGGGGAUGGUCGUUCCAGCAGCUCUCCGGCCCUGCCCCGGAAACAAAGAGACAAAUCCUCAGGUGGCCUGCUUGAUGACCCACUGGAUGCCACUUUUAAUCGUGACCGCAAAGCUGGCUUCUUCAGUUCCUUUAUGAAGAAGAAGUCAUCAACAACCGCCUCCAGCUCUCAGCCACAGCACAACCUCCCUGUGACCCCCAGCAGCUCCUUUCGUGAGAUGGAGUCACAGCCCCAAAAGAAGUAUGAUCCCACAACUGCACUUGAUGGUCCCCCUCCUCCAUUGCCUCAGAAUGAUGGCCUUGGCUUCUCUCCUUCUCAUGGUGAAGGAAACCAUGUACAGUCACGGUGUUGUGGAGCCACGUUUGGGCAGAAGCUCUCUGGGUCAAACUCCUCCACGGCUACCCAGGUUGGCAGCAGCAGUAGUUGGGCGGGGCUUGCAGGCUUUUUCACACCACGCCUUAUUAAAAAGACCCUGGGGUUGAGAACUGGGAAGUCUUCUGGGACUGAUGAAGGAGGUGGGGGAGCCAGACCCUUUCCUCGUUCAAAUUCUACUUCCUCCAUGUCAGCUGGGCUGCCAGAUUUGGACCGCAUGGCACUAACUUUACCCAGGAAUCGUAGCAAGCCACCACUGGAACGCACAGUGUCCACCACUUCACAGCCAGAGAAUGGUGUCCCGAGACCAACAGAUGCUCCUCCGCCUCGAAAGUUAGAUGAGGGCACAGCGCAGAUCCGAGACAGGCCCAAAGCUAAACUACUGCCGCGAGCGGUAUCUGUGGGCACAGGAGCAGCAAGGGCACCAGGGGUCGGGGGCGAGGCCGAGUCUGAUGCUCAUACACAGGUUAGAGUGGGGCAGGAUGACAGGCCAGUCUGGUCUUCUCCGUCUAAAACAGUAGUUGGCCCACACAAUCAUAAAGUUCCAGUCCUGAUCUCUCCCACGUUGAAGUCCAGCACAGCUGAUGCACACCUGGUUGGUGUAGACUCACAAGGCAACCGAUUCAAACUGCUGGCUGACAGUGGCAGUGAUAGGCCACGACUUAUUAAGCCCAAGUGUGCCCCACCUCCUCCACCCACACUGCGUUCUCUUCAACACAGUUUUAGCACAGAUGGUGCCGAUGAGGGAAUCAACAUGGGCCCAGACCUGAAUGGGGAUGGGGUCAAAAGGUCGGGGAGAGGGUCAGGAGGAGCUCGACCGUGCAUCCCGCCGCCUCAAGCACCUCCAACACCUGUUGCUUCUUCUGGUAACACAACAACAAGCAAGAUGGCCAACGGUGGCACUAACUCUGGUUCAUCAAAGCUGACUCUAAGAAGGACCCGGCAACAGGUCGAACGUAUACCACUGGAAAAAGUCAGUAAAGAAGCUUUGCUGGAGUGUGCCGAGUGCCUGAGCCUUGCUCUUCACAACAGUACAGAGUCAUGCUUCAGCAGCCAGGUCUUGGAUGCUGGUCACCAGUUACUCGACUACUGUUCAGGCUAUGUAGACUGCAUCCCUCAAACUCGUAACAAGUUUGCCUUUCGUGAGGCUUUGGGGAAGCUGGAGCUCAGCCUCCAGGAACUGCGGGCUUCUUCUACGGGUGGUGGGGGUGGGUUAGGUGGAAGCGGGACGAGUCCCGCUCUGGACAACUUGCACUCAUGCAUUAAAGAGAUCAGCGAUGUGGUGCAAAGGUAGUUGAUGGAGUCACAUUAAACCCCACAAACCUAAUAAGACUUUUUACAGGUUUUUAAGUAUUGUUUUAUAAAGGAUUGGGGACAGAGGAUAUUCUCGCAAAAGUACCUCAGUAAAAUCACUACAAGUGGUCGCUCCCCCUUGGUCAUUGUUUACACUUAAAAAAAACGCCAGUAGGAAACAGAGCUCUAAACUUGUAAAUAAGCUUGUUGUCCAAAUCAAAUCACAUACAGUGUCUUUUGCCCAGGUUUGGCUACUUAUAUUAUGAUCUAAAGAGCCUACCUUUUAAAUUAAUAGAGACUAAUCAAUACAAAUGAACCAGUUGUUUAUUUAUACAAGGAUAUUAGACAGAUUAUCGUAGUUGUUUCACAGAUUACUUCUACUCACCAUGGCUGGAGAUGUAAACCAUAGAAAUAGAUUAAGCAUGUCUUGGUUGAGCUCUGCACACAUUGUUCAAUAUUAGCAGUACUGAGCCCUCAGCACAGAGGACACAUCAUGCAGUCACUGUCACCUCUGGUUGAUUUCGUACACCUAUGUAUAGACAUUUCAGCAUUUGAUGGAAGGUCAUGGUUCUGUAGCAGUGUAGGCUAAUGCCGUUAUCUGUAUGGCCACUGUUCUUUGAGGACAUAGUGCUAUUUCAUUGUGGCAAAGGAGCAACAUACUG